AUAAACAUGCCAGCGCACGUGAAAUCCGCACCAAAAAAUAAAAAUAAAUCCAAAACGAAGCCUCCUUCGAAGAAGAUGACCCACAAAGAAGUCAUCGAGGAGCCCGAAGCUGCGGAACCCAUAAAGACAAAAGAUGACGCCAAGGCGAUUGUCGUCGAACAAGAAAUCAAAUUCGCACGAUGCUUGGCUGGAAAUGACCCGAAAGUCAGAAAUCGAGUUCUGAAAAACUUGAAAAAGUGGCUCAAAUUGCGAUCGGAGGGAACUUUUGCAUUUACCGACACGGAUUUCCUGCGUCUCUGGAAGGGUCUGUGGUACUGCAUGUGGAUGUCUGACAAGCCCUUGGUGCAGGAAAAGCUCGCCGAAGACCUUUCAUCGUUAGUUCACUGCUUCAACGAUCCGAAAGUGAGUCUGCAGUUCUUCGGGAACUUUCUCGAGACAAUGUGUCGCGAAUGGUUUGGCAUCGAUCAAUGGCGCAUGGAUAAAUUCAUGAUGUUGGUGCGUCGGAUAUUCCGUCAAGUGCUUUUCAAGUUGCAAGAACACAGCUGGGACACGGAACUCGUGCAAUUGUAUGGCGCGUGGCUCGAUAAGACAAUUUAUGACGAAACAAAGGCCCCGAUUGGACUCACGAUGCACUUCAAUGACUUGUAUUUGGAGGAAAUUUCAAAAGUCACGGAUGGAAAUAUCGAAACGAGCGACGUUCAUGCAUUGCUUGAGCCUUGCGUGGUGUUUUUCGCCAAAUCACGCGACUUGCGACACAUUAAACACGCAACACGGAACAUUUUUCACAAGUUGAUGUUCCAAAGUGAGCUCGGGCAAGACUAUCAAGAGAAAUUUGAGUAUUGGAAACAAGCUGGCUUCCCCUGCACAGACCUCGAUGACUUGGAAGUAAACGUAGAAGUGCAAGAAGAUAGCGAACAAGAGUCUGAAAAUGAAGAAAACGGCGAAGAAGUUGAGAAAGAAUUGGAUGUUCGUGCCGGCAGAGUUAACGUAGUGUUAAAAGAACUCAAAUUCGAUCCCGAAGAAAUCAUAAAUUUGUUCGAAAAGUAUCGUUUUAAGGAAUUUACAAACUCCAAAAGUCGUAAAACUAUCAAAGAAAUGAUUCAAAAAUUCCGUCGAUUUGCUGCCGGAGAAUUCCCCUUGGGAACCCACAAAAUGCCCACAGUACAAGAUGUUCGUGAGAAAUUUGAAGAUUUUGAUCCCGACAAGAAGGCUCAGGAGCUAUUGGAUUACGAAGAGGAGCUCGUUAAGAAUACUGUUUACAUGCCGCCUCGCGUAAAACGCAAAAUGGAAUGGAAACAAAAGCAUCUCAUGAACGGAAAUGGCGUGAAAAAUGGUUCUGACAACGGUUGGGUUGAAGAAAACGACGAAAAUGAGUUGCCCAAGAAGAAAAAGAAGAAAGUCGAGAAGGAAGAAACGCCCGUGAAAGACGCAAAAAAGUCAAAAGUUGCUAAAAAACUGAAAAAAUCUGAAAAUACUGAAGAAGAUGUCGACAUGGAUCAAUCUAAAAAAGAGGAAAAUGCCAUAAAACUCUUGAAGAAAUGGGCAAAGAAGGAAAAAGAAAUAGAAAAAAGUGAAAAACUAUCAAAAGUAGCUGCUGACGAGGAGGUUUCAACGCCGAAAAAGUCGUUGGUGCUGAAUCCCUUUGCCGCUGCCUCGACUUCGAAGAAGCAAAAGGACAAAAAGACCCCGACAAAAAGCAGCCUAAAAGGUAAAGGAUUGUUAAUGCAGACCCCUACUAACAACAAAAACACAAUAAAUACUUUUGAUUCCAGCGAAAAACGCGUAAAAAUUGCGCUAAACAAAAAUAUGGCGCAAGAAAAGCAUGAAUAUAUCGAAGCGGUGAAAAACUCGCCCGUUCCAUAUGAUUCGUCGAAAAAACCAUCAAAAGGUUUGCUCAAGCCGGGCCUUCUGCCAAGUCCGAUUAAUCCGUUUUACAAGAAACGAAUCGGUUUGAAGUUUAAUGAUACAUUAUAAGAGAAAUGUAAUUUUGUUUUGUGAGAUAUUUUUUAAUAAUAAUUAGGAUUUUUAAAUGGAAAAAAGUGUUUUAUUUUUGAUAGUCAUUUUAAAAUUUUUGCCCCUUGUUAAGUUUGAAAAGUUGAAAUUUCAAUCAAAAAUUG